GCCAGUGAAGUGGGCGGGGCAGGUCACGGCGCCUGCGCACAGGGCAUACAGGUCCAGCCCUAACGAGAGCGCGCCGGUCGCAAGAUGGCUGCGGCCAUGCGAGGCUUUGCUGUGUGUGCGCAGGGGACGGCUGAGCGGCCCGGACGGCAGGGACAGCGACGACAUUAGCUCAUCCCCCAGCCACUCUUCCAGAACGCCAUCCCAGCCUCCGCCAGCUUCGUCCGAGAUGGAUCUGGCUGUGGGCCCCGGUGCAGCGGGGCCCAGCAACGUCCCGGCCUUCCUAACCAAGCUAUGGACCCUCGUGAGCGACCCGGACACCGACGCGCUCAUCUGCUGGAGCCCGAGUGGGAACAGCUUCCACGUGUUUGACCAGGGCCAGUUUGCCAAGGAGGUGCUGCCCAAGUACUUCAAGCACAACAACAUGGCCAGCUUCGUGCGGCAGCUCAACAUGUAUGGCUUCCGAAAAGUAGUCCACAUUGAGCAGGGUGGCCUGGUCAAGCCUGAGAGGGAUGACACCGAGUUCCAGCAUCCAUGUUUCCUGCGUGGCCAGGAACAGCUCCUUGAGAACAUCAAGAGGAAAGUGACCAGCGUGUCCACUUUGAAGAGUGAGGACAUAAAAAUACGCCAGGACAGUGUCACCAGGCUGUUGACGGAUGUGCAGCUGAUGAAGGGGAAACAGGAGUGUAUGGACUCCAAGCUCCUGGCCAUGAAGCACGAGAACGAGGCCCUGUGGCGGGAGGUGGCCAGCCUGCGGCAGAAGCAUGCCCAGCAGCAAAAAGUUGUCAACAAGCUCAUUCAGUUCCUGAUCUCACUGGUGCAGUCGAACCGGAUCCUGGGGGUGAAGAGAAAGAUCCCUCUGAUGUUGAGCGACAGCACCUCGGCACACUCUGUGCCCAAGUAUGGCCGACAGUACUCCCUGGAGCAUGUCCAUGGUCCUGGCCCAUACUCAGCUCCAUCUCCAGCCUACAGCAGCUCUAGCCUUUACACCUCUGAUGCUGUCACCAGCUCUGGACCCAUAAUCUCCGAUAUCACUGAGCUGGCUCCUACCAGCCCUUUGGCAUCCCCAGGCAGGAGCAUAGAUGAGAGGCCGCUGUCCAGCAGCACCCUGGUCCGCGUCAAGGAAGAGCCUCCCAGCCCACCUCGGAGCCCUCGAGUACUGGAGGCAAGCCCUGGGCGCCCAUCCUCCAUGGAUACACCUUUAUCCCCAACUGCCUUCAUUGACUCCAUCCUUCGAGAGAGCGAGCCGACCCCUGCUGCCUCAAACACAGCCUCUAUGGAUACAACCGGAGCCCAUGCCCCUGCACCCCCAGCCCCCUCUAUUCCUGAGAAGUGCCUCAGCGUAGCCUGCCUAGACAAUUUGGCUCGCGCUCCACAGAUGUCUGGGGUCGCCCGCCUCUUCCCCUGCCCCUCCUCUUCCUUUCUGCAUGGCCGAGUCCAGCCAGGGAACGAGCUCAGUGAUCACUUGGAUGCCAUGGACUCCAACCUGGACAACCUGCAGACCAUGCUGACAAGCCACGGCUUCAGCGUGGACACCAGCGCCCUGCUGGACCUGUUCAGCCCCUCGGUGACCAUGCCCGACAUGAGCCUGCCUGACCUGGACAGCAGCCUGGCCAGCAUUCAGGAUCUCCUAUCUCCCCAAGAGCCCCCCAAGCCUAUUGAGGCAGAGAACAGUAACCCUGACUCAGGGAAGCAGCUGGUGCACUACACGGCUCAGCCCCUGUUCCUGCUGGACCCUGACGCCGUGGACACAGGGAACAGCGAACUGCCUGUGCUCUUUGAGCUAGGGGAAAGCUCCUACUUCUCCGAGGGGGAUGACUACACGGACGACCCCACGAUUUCUCUUCUGACGGGCUCUGAACCCCCCAAAGCCAAAGACCCCACUGUCUCCUAGAGGUCCCAGGAGUGGUCAGGAUGGCUUGUGGCUGGCUCCCAACCUACCCCUAGGACAUGGAUGGUCCAGGGCAUCCUAGGUCAAGCUACCACAACUGUAGUGGAGCAUAGAUGGGGCUUGGGCCUGGACAGUGCCUCAGGUCAAGAGAAAGGUCCUGAGGGCUGGAUACCUGCUGCCUUCACCCCAGCCCCAGGUCUGUUUUCUGUGUUGGAGCUUCCCAGCCACACUUGGACUGACUCUGCAGGUUGUUCAUAAAAUUGUAUUUUGGAUUUUUA